AUGACCGACAGAAAGCUACCCCUCGGAGCCCAGAACUUUGAAGAUCUUCGUACCAGAGGUUGUGUGUACGUGGAUAAGACUGACCAGGUUUGGAAGAUUGCCAACGCCGGUAGGCCGUACGUGCUCAGUCGGCCUCGACGUUUCGGGAAGAGUCUUCUAAUUUCCACGUUCAAGGCUUACUUCCAGGGUCAGAAAGAUCUCUUUACAGGACUGGCGAUUGAGUCGUUGGAAACGAAAUGGGAGCAGUACCCCGUUCUACAUCUCGACCUGAGCGCCAUUGAGUACUAUCCGGAUACCAGUACGCCAGGCGAGCAAGUGAACAUGCUCGAAGAGGCCAUAAGUGACCGGCUGGACGAAUGGGAGAAACAGUUUGCUGUACCUGAUGACGAAGGGUCUCUCAGUGACCGCUUCGCUAGAAUUAUACAGCACACGUCCCAAGGAUGGGGCAAGGGCGCAGUUGUUCUUAUUGACGAAAGCGACAAGCCUUUACUGGAGGCCCCUCCCUCGACAUAUGUCUUGGAGCACCAUCUCUCUCUCCUGGAUUCGUUCUAUAGUGUUUUAAAACGUGAGGAGAGGCACUUACGUUUUGUCUUUCUAACCGGUAUUACGAAACUGGCGCAGGUCAAUGUCUUGGGCGAGAUCCACCGACGGAAUGGUAGUAUUCUGGACCGUGAUUUCCCCGCUCUUUGUGGCUUUACUCGAGAAGAACUGACUGAGUGUUUCCAUCAUGAAAUUGAGAUUUUGAGAGUAACGAACGACAGUGGUAACGACCGUAGUAUCCAGGACAUGCUUAGAGCCUUGUGUCGUGGAUACGAGGACGUGCUUAACGCCUUGAGUCGUCGAUACGGGGGCUAUCGCUUCCACCAUCUCGGCAAACAGCUCUUUCACCCAUGGAGUGUACUGAUGUGCUUUCAUGAGAGAGAAUUCGGCGACUACUCAGACCAGAUAGGCAUUUUCAAGAUACUAAAGGGGGUGGUCAAAGAUUCAGACAAUGAUCUGUCCGCCCUACUCGGUGGUUAUGCACUCGACGGUUCUGACGUACAUCCGACUUCAGCAACGGUCUUUAACCCUGAUGUUGAACCCGGGUCAACAAAUUAUCUACGAUCAUUACGUAAUGUGCUCGAAGAUCCCCUUACCUUAACUUAUCACUGUGGGUACCUGACCAUCAAAGAUUACGAUCAGCACUUGGACGUGUACCAGCUAGCGUUCCCGAAUCAACUGGUUAAAUUGGGAGUUGCAAAAUUCGCAAUUUCGACACGCACACGUUUGUCGGAUAAAGAGCGUAAAUCUCUCAUCCGGGACCUGCUUGCAGCGCUGGAUGCCGGGACGCUCAGGUCUUUCUUUGCUACAUUCAAUUCCUUCUUCACGUCCCUCCACUGCCGCCCUGAAAGCUGCAUGGACCACCAUUAUUCACUCAUCAUUAAUUUGGUGUUCUGCCUCGUGGGAGAGUUCACCAAAACGCAGCUCCUCUCAGACGGUGCUGAGGCCACCGUGGAGACGAGUAAGCGCAUUUACAAGUUUGUUUUCCAGCUGAAGGAGACCGGCGAAGGUUCUCUCGAAAAAUCCAAGACCUCCGUCAAAAAAGAGCGCGAGGAGAAUAGUGAAGAGCAGAAUAGUGAAGAGGAGAAUGGUGAAGAGGAGAAUAGUGAAGAGGAGAAUAGUGAAGAGGAUAGGAGUAGUACCUCCGCAAUGGGCGGUACACGCACACUUGUAAAUGUUAGUGUGAAAGUUGGAAGGCAGACUUUUGAUCGGUUCAAGACCGUUCAGUCCUAUGUCGUGAACGACUCUCACUCCGACUCCACUGUUGAGAACUCUGUUUCUGAUGACGCUUCCUCCUCUCCUUUAUAG